UUCGUUUUCACAAAUCUUUCUCUUAAGAUGGCGGACGAAUGCAGCCCUAGACGCUGUUUAUGUUGGCCUUGUACUUGUUUGAUAAAUUUCUGUCUAUCACUGUUCUUUUUCAUCUGUUUCGCGUCAUUCAUUGCUUGGAUCAUGGUCAGAUCCAAUGACGUGAAAUUCCAAGUCUACGACGCAGAGCUGACACAUUUCAAUCUCGAAAGCAACAACAACCUCCAUUACAAUCUCACUUUGAAUCUCUCCAUCCGGAACUCAAAGAGUAGUAUCGGAAUCCAUUACGACCGGUUUGUAGCAAACGUUUACUACAUGAAUCAGUGGUUAGGAGCGGUUCCGAUGCCGUCGUUCUACCUGGGAAGCAAGAACACGACGCUUCUCAGAGCAUUGUUUGAAGGCAAAACUCCAGUUUUACUAGACGGUAAUGGACGCAAAAAGUUUGAAGAUGAUCGGAACACUGGGGUUUACAGAAUCGACGCGAAGCUGAGUAUUAAUUUUAGGGUUAUAGUUUUGCAUUUAGUAACGUGGCCAAUGAAACCAAUUGUGCGUUGUCAUCUUAAGUUACCAUUAGCAUUAGGUUCCUCUAACUCAACAGGAGGUGAGGUAGACAUUGGCUAUGAUAGAUCACAAGAGCAGCGUGUCCUCAUGGAAUCUAGGAGAUCCAACGACGUGAAAUUCCAAGUCUACAACGCAGAGCUGACACAUUUCAAUCUCGAAAGCAACAACAACCUCCAUUACAAUCUCACUUUGAGUCUCUCCAUCCGGAACUCGAAGAGUAGUAUCGAAAUCCAUUCCGACCAGUUUGAAGCAAACGUUUACUACAUGAAUCAGUGGUUAGGAGCGGUUCCCAUGCCGUCGUUCUACCUGGGAAGCAAGAACACGACGCUUCUCAGAGCAUUGUUUGAAGGCAAAACUCCAGUUUUACUAGACGGUGAUGGACGCAAAAAGUUUGAAGAUGAUCGGAACACUGGGGUUUACAGAAUCGACGAUUUGGAAGCGGGGAAGCCAUUGAAACCACCGCAAAGGAAUUUGAUCAACAAUAAGAGAGAUGUGACACAAGCGGUGGCUUCUGGUAUCUUUCAGAUCAACACGGUGGUUUCUACUUUCCUACGACUUGUUAAUACUCUCGGUACGCCUAAAGAUACGCCAGAGCUUCCUGAUAAGCUGUCUUCUAAGGAACACAUGGCGGACAAACACAACCUUCCAUGUUGGAUACGUUGUCCCGUGAAUGUGAUCAGUUUCUUUAUAACACUGGCCCUUUUCGUCUGCUUCGCGUCUCUGAUUGUUUGGAUCAUGGUCCGAUCCAAUGCCGUGAAGUUCCAAAUCCACAAAGCACAACUGACACAAUUCAACCUUGACCUCGAAAACAACAAUCUCAAUUACAAUCUCUCUUUGAAUUUCUCCAUCCGAAACUCGAAGAAUAGUCUCGGAAUCCACUACGACCGGUUUGAAGCCAUGGUUUACUACAGCGAUCAGCGACUAGGAGCGGUUUCUGUGCCGUCGUUUUACCAGGGACACAAGAACACGACGGUUCUCGUAGCAUUGUUCCAAGGCCAAAGUCUAGUUUUACUCGACCCCGCGACGGUUACGGCUUUUGCUCUUUUAUCGUUUCUCGAUAACCCAUCAAAUUCUGGUGGGAUUUCGUGUGCGAAUUUUCACACUGAAUCUGGUUCGGUGUUGAUUUCACCCGCUGGCAACAGUGUCUUCACUUUUCCUAGCGAUGUUUAUGAUGACGCGUCUCUUUCAAUGGAUCAGACGACGGUUUCUCUCAAUAUCUCUAAAGGAGAUUUGAGUUUUCUUCUUAUCGAUCAUGUGGGGAUGAUCUUCACAAUCAUCGAUUUUCUUCCGGUGGUCUCCGGCGUUUUAUCUCCGUUCGAUACAACUUCGAACGGCUUCGAUCUAGUGAUUCAAUUUCAUGAUGAAAUUCUCACUGCCUUGUUGUGGAAACAACCGCCAUGGAAACCACCAUGGACGAUGAAACGUGAUCUACUUUUCUCUGAAGAUGCUUCAACAAUAUGUGUUUCCACUCUAUGUGAUUUUCCUCACAUGAUGCAUCCCAUAGAUGUUGAUGCUCUUGGAAGAACUUCGAAUUCCCGUUGGUAUCACAUACUCGUCUCACCAAAGAUAACAUCAAGGCAGAUGGAAUCCAAGCAAGCUUUGGUCAAAGUGCAAACAGCCCAACUGGUUUUGAUGAAGAAUAUUUGGCGAGGAUCUUGGAGUAUCAUCUUAUCGAUGAGCUUUCAGGAUUUGGAAGCAGGGAAGCCAUUGAAACCACCGCAAAGGAAUUUAAUCAACGGCAAGAGAGAUGGGACACAAGCGGUGGCUUCCGGUAUCUUUCAGAUCAACACGGCGGUUUCUACUUUCCAGCGACUUGUUAAUACUCUUGGUACGCCUAAAGAUACGCCCGAGCUUCGUGACAAGCUGCAUAAGACAAGACUACAUAUUGGUCAAUUGGUAAAAGAUACUUCUGCAAAACUUAGGGAAGCUAGUGAAACCGAUCAUGGUAAAGAUGUUGCUCAAAGUAAGAAGAUUGCAGAUGCUAAACUUGCCAAGGAUUUUGAAGCAGUGUUGAAAGAGUAUCAGAAGGCACAGCAUAUUGCAGCUGAAAGAGAAACUUCUUACACUCCUUUUGAUCCAAAAGCCAACCUUUCUUCAAGUGAGGUAGACAUUGGCUAUGAUAGAUCACAAGAGCAGCGUGUCCUCAUGGAAACUAGGAGGCAAGAAGUUGUGUUGCUUGACAACGAAAUUUCCUUCAACGAAGCGGUGAUUGAGGAAAGAGAACAGGGAAUACAGGAAGUUGAGCACCAAAUCGGUGAAGUAAACGAUAUUUUCAAAGAUCUUGCGGUGUUGGUUAACUAUCAAGGAGACAUAAUCGAUGAUAUAGGUAGCCAUAUCGACAAUGCACAUUCAGCAACAGCUCAGGGAAAGUCCCAUCUCGUAAAAGCCUCCAAUACACAACGAUCAAACUCAUCCCUGAUGUGUUUGCUAAUGGUGAUAUUCGGGAUCAUUCUUCUCAUCGUUAUCAUAGGAGAGUUGAGGAAAGGAUGUUAUGAUUCAGGCAUCACAGUUUUGAUGGGUUGUCCAGAUUCUAUUGACAAGAAGCUUCCAGCUCCUCCGACACCAUCCGAAGGUUGUUGCACUCUUGUCCGAACCAUUGGAAUGAAAUGUGUAUGUGAAAUCGUCAAUAAGAAAAUCGAAGACACCAUUGAUAUGCAGAAGCUCGUCAAUGUCGCCGCAGCUUGUGGUCGUCCUCUUGCUCCUGGUUCACAAUGUGGAAUGAUGAACGGCGCAUCACCGGCUCAUUCUUUGGUUUCGACGACCGCCGUAGCUGGUGGCGGUGGAAGCAGCGGAGCCGCCGCUGGUUUAGACGAUUUCCAUUUUCCACCGGAUAUUCCCUCUAUGCAAGAGCGAAAAGACGAAGCUAUGCGUGUUUUGAAAGCUGAUUUGAUGACUGAACUUGACAAAGAGGUUAAAUCUUUGGAAGAAGAUAGUUGGAUGUUCGAAGGUCCUCGUUCUCGAAUCCAUCUUAUAUCGAGAAGAGGUAACUUACUAAAGAAAGAAGGUGGAGCUGUGGUGAAAUCAAGCUUUGUUCAGCUUCUCAGAUGAUCGGAUUCAAGUAAGAAAAUUCAGAAAUGGUU